AAAGAAAGAAACAGAGAGAAAUGGGAGAAUCAUCCAACUCAAAUACCUUAGCGGAAGUAGUAGAUGAUUUCUAUGUAGCUCUCCUAAAGGAUGAAGAUCUCAUACCAAUCUCGGAUGAGAAGUUCGCAGAAGAAUUACAACUCCAGGAAGCUAUUUUUUCAUCAAUUCUCUCUCAUCGUCGCCGCCCAUCUCUCGAAACUGCAAUUGAACCGUCGUCGAAGAAGAGAAAGACGACUCCGACGAAAUCCGACACGUAUAUAACCAAAACCGGCGAAUCUUCGGGAAGCUUCUGCGACAUAUGCGCGGAGUUGAAAUCGCCGCUUGAAAUGUUCGUGAAUAAGAACUGUUCUCAUGUGUUUUGCAACGAUUGCAUAAGCAAGCACGUUGGGGUGAAGAUCCAAGAAAGCAUAGCAAUGGUGAUAUGUCCUGGUUUGAAAUGUAAAGGGGUUUUAGAACCCCAUCUUUGCCGUUCCAUCAUCCCCACCCAAGUGUUCGAGAGGUGGGAAGCCGCUCUUUCCGAGUCAUUGGUUCUUGGUUCGCAGAAAUUUUACUGCCCUUUCAAGGACUGCUCGGUGCUUCUGAUCGACGAUGGAGACGAUGUCGUGACACAAUCGGAGUGCCCUAAUUGCCGGAGACUGUUCUGUGCACAGUGCAAGGUGGCAUGGCACUCGGGCAUCGGGUGCGAAGAGUAUAAGAGAUUGAAUGAAGAUGAGAAGGGGAGAGAUGAUCUGCUGGUGAUGGAGCUUGCUAAGUCAAAGAAGUGGAAGAGAUGUUCCCGCUGCAAGUUCUAUGUGGAGAAGACAGAAGGUUGUGUACAUAUGACUUGCAGGUGUGGGUUUCAGUUUUGCUACCGAUGUGGAUCGACGUGGUUGUCGACCCAUUCAUGCGAGCUGCAACAUGACAGAGAUAAUGAAGAAGGCGGUCGAUGGUGAUGAUCACUUCACUAAUCAAGACUUUAGCGAUAGUUGAUGGAUUGAGUCACAUGACGAUUGUGAUCUCAUCUUAGACAAAUCAAAACUGUGGAUUUUGAGGAUUGUUACUGAAAUGGGCCAUUUGGGGAUGGUAAUAGAUGGUCAUCCUCACAAUUCAAUCAAGACAAUACAUUCAAUUACCAUAAAGAGUCUAUAUAGGAAGAUAUAGUUUUUAGAAGUUUGUUGAUGUUUUAUAGUCAUUUGAGGAUCAAAACAAACUGUUUUCCUGUCUAUCUUCAUCUGAGCUAAUUUGAAUUUUUAGUCCCUUAUUAGGA